AUGUAUUCACUCCUACUUUCGGCGGCGUCAGUUAUUGGCGUCGUUUUGAUCGGUAUUACAGCAAUACUAAUUUAUAAAUGCAUAUUUGAACCAAGAGCUGGCGUAUGCAGGUGCACCACCCGGUUAGAUGGCAAGAUCGUCAUCAUCACUGGGGCGAACCGAGGUAUCGGCUUCGAGACAGCAAAGGAUCUCGCUAAACGCGGCGCAAGAGUAAUCAUAGCUGACGUACAAAACGCAGACGAUGCCGUGGCAAAAAUAGUUAAAGAAACCGGCAACACUGCUGUGGAAUACAAACAUCUAGAUCUAGCUAGAUUCAAGAGUAUCCAGGACUUCAUGGAGAAGGUCAAAGAUAUACCACAUCUAGACAUCCUUGUAAAUAACGCAGCUAUCGCUACAAUGAAAGACCAAUAUACUGAAGAUGGAAUAAAUUGUAUAAUGCACGUAAAUUACUUCGGUCCGUUUAUACUAACAGCAUUAUUAUUAGAUAAGCUAGUAGCCUCCAAGUCAAGUAGAAUUGUAAUAAUGGCAUCUGCUGCGCAUUGCUACGCGAAUUUUGAUAUUAAUGACUUGAUCGGUGCUCGAGAGAUGUUAAAUUUUAAACAUUACGCUAAUAGUAAGCUAUGUAACGUAUUAUGGAUGAAGGCUCUAGCGAAAAGGUUGCCCAAGAAUGUAACAGCGAACAGUAUACAUCCAGGAAUAGUCAAAACUCCUAUUUAUAACCACUUUUACAUGAGGAGAAUAUUCCUCUUUAUGGUAAAUAUAUUCUUCAAAUCGCCAAGGCAAGGAGCGCAGACGACGAUACACGUUUGUGUGGCUGAAGAGUUGGAGCAUUCUUCUGGCAGCCAUUACGCUGACUGCAAAGAGAAGAAUGUGUCACAGAAUGGACGAAACGAUAGUUUGGUGGAAGAGGUGUGGUGUAAAACAAUAACAAUAUUGGAAGAUCGUAAUUUAGGGAUCAGUGCAGUACUUGAUAAGUAUUUAAAUAAACCAAACGGGAGUGUAAUUACAAAAUAA